CAACCACUUGGGAGUUUUUAAGUUAAUCUGUUAAUCCAUAUUGUCCUGUUUCUAAGAGUAGUCUUUACCCCAAAGAAUUGUGAAAAUACCCAUGAUAUGGUGGAAGCUGAGAGGCCACUAUCUCACUCUAAACUUCAAAAUCAACAUAACAUCACACUUGAAUUAUAAAUAUCCACUUGUUUUUUAUAUGAUGAUAACUAUCACUAGAAUCAUAAUAAACCCAUCAAUAGUUUUCCACCCAAUCUAUCACCAGAAUGACCUUCUUGAAUCAUGAGGAUCCACCAAAUCCCCCACAGAAAUGCACAUUUCUCACUUCAACUAUCAAGGAAGCUUUUGCCAACUGCCGUAACUGCCACCGGCGGGUUCCAAAAACAGAGGAUAAAGAGGAUUCAUCGAGCGAAAUGGAUGACGAGCAGGAAGUAGUUGUUUCGGAGAUUCGGAGCGGAGCAAUGGAAGCGAAAUCGAGACGUAAAGCCAGCUUGAACACCGAGAGCUUGAACUUUGUCUUCUCUCCAGAAGUAGGAGAAUUAUUCGGGACUCAGAAACCAGUGCAAAUGAAUGAGGAGAGUGAACUUGAAAGAGACGAAUUCUUCUCUGUCGGCAGUUCUCUCUCCCGCUGCUCGAGCGCCAGGAGUACAGAGGCGUUUUUAUCAGUCAAGACGAAUUUCUCGCGGUGUUCAAGCUUGAGCGGGCUCGAACGUGGAGAUUUCCGGCAGUUCGACGUCCAUGGGGAGUUUUGGCAUGGCCUGGAUUUUCAAGACUUGCGGCGGCGCUCCAUCAUUCAAGAGGUCUGCCACUGCGAGGGGUGGCCGUUUGGUCUGUGCCGGAAGGCUCUGUUGCUCCCACCUCUGCCUAAAUCACCGUCUGAAUCAUGGUCGUGGCGCAAAAAGUACUAGAAGAGCUAGUUAAGAAGCCAUAGCUUCAUCAGAAUGUGAAAUUAUACAAACAGUCCGGGAGUACCGCCACGUGUUACUUCGGACCACUUUACAACCACACAUUCCUAUGGAGUCCGCCAUUAAGUGUAUAGACCCGAUAGGAAUGUGUGGUUAAAAAGUGAUCCGGAGUACCAUGUGGCGGUACUCCUGGAUUAUUGAAUAAUUACUUGAUCAGAAUAAUGGGUUCGAAAGGUUGAUAGAUUGCACGACGAUACGGAUAGUGGUUUUCGG